UUCGACUAGCAAGCCUAGUGUUGGUUAUCGUGACUAUACACAUUAUCGAACAUUGGGAAACUAGAUUCGUCUAUUUUUUAUCAAAGUCACGUGGUCAGGACACUCGUAAACAAGAGAUAAUGGAAUACCAGCGGAUGACCUCGACGUCAGGAAGCUCUACGCAGACGCUUUUCUGGAGUUUUGCCGGGCACGGGAUGUUCCAAACCGGAAGCUCAGCCCUUCCUCGCGAUUAUCUUUCUGAGGAACGUGGGGACCAGACGAAUCUGAUUAUCAACUACAUGCCGCAGGACAUGAAUGAGCCAGAACUGCGCCGCCUGUUCAACGAGUACGGUGAGAUCCGUAAGCACAGGAUCAUCCGGCACGCCGGUUCAGGACUAAGCUGUUGUUAUGGUUUCGUGGACUUCAUAUCUCCACGUCAGGCAACGGCUGCCCAGCAAAGCCUGGACGGCACCGUUAUCCGCGGCAAGCGACUUAAGGUAUCCUUCGCCCGACGUCCGGGAGAUGAGCUCAAGAACUGCAACCUGUACGUGGCCCAUCUUCCGUCUUACAUAAACGAAAAGAUACUUCGCGAAAUGUUUUCUGUCUAUGGCAACGUCUUGGAUGUGAAUGUGAUGCGGAACAAGAUCACUAGGGAGCCCACUGGUGUGGCCUUUAUAAAGUUUGGAAAUCACCGGGAGGCAGAGUUGGCUAAGUAUGGCCUAGACCGGCACAAUAUGGAAGGCGGCAACCGGCCCAUUAAGGUGAAGUUCGUGGAUAAUCCUAAGAAUUCCAAGCAAAAUCACACCUCCAACGGUCUGCAGUUCAAGUACUUGGGCGAUUUUCCACAAUCGAUGAAGCGCCGACAGGGAAUGGACAGUCAGGAGGACUUCAAGCGUUCGCGUUGAUCUUCUGUGAAGAAGAUAAAAUAAAAAAAAGAAGUUUGGUCCGUCCUUCUACUUGUCAUUAAUUUUAAACAAAUGGAAUAUAUUAUUUAAAAUAAACGUUCGGCCAAAAACUACGGUUUAAAUGAAA